GCUGAGCUAUAAAAAGGCAUAGCAUGGGGGAGGGAGGGCUGCCGUGCAGCAGGAACUGUGCAGACACGCACACACGGGGAUCCAGGGACAGCAGCCCCUUGCACUGGGAUCUAGAGCCACAACGCGAAAGAGAGGUUUGCGGAAUCUCCAGGAAGUCACAGGUUUCUCUUUCAGCUUAAGGAAAACAGUCAUCUAACACAACACAAUGGCAGACAAAAUUAAAGAUGCUAAGAUCAUCUUUGUUGUGGGUGGGCCUGGCUCUGGAAAGGGCACACAGUGUGAGAAGAUAGUUGCAAAGUAUGGCUACACCCAUCUGUCAUCUGGGGAUCUGCUCCGUGCAGAGGUGGCUUCUGGCUCUGAGAGGGGCAAGCAGCUCCAGGCCAUCAUGCAGAAGGGAGAGCUUGUUCCCCUGGACACAGUCUUAGACAUGAUUAAGGAUGCCAUGAUUGCCAAGGCUGAUGUCUCCAAGGGCUUCCUUAUUGAUGGCUACCCCCGUGAGGUGAAGCAGGGUGAGGAGUUUGAGAAGAAGAUCGGCAAACCCUGCCUGCUGCUGUACGUUGAUGCAAAGGCAGAGACCAUGGUCAAGAGGCUUUUGAAGCGUGGUGAGACCAGCGGCCGUUCUGACGAUAAUGAGGAGACCAUCAAGAAGCGUCUGGACUUGUAUUACAAAGCAACUGAGCCCGUCAUCGCCUUUUACGAGAGCCGUGGUAUUGUGAGGAAGGUUGACUCUGAGCUGCCAGUGGACGAAGUCUUCACCCAGGUGUCCAAGGCUAUUGAUGCACUGUAGUAAAACAGCAUAACUGGA